CCCCAACCCCAACCCCAGCCUAAAACAGGCUUCUGGGCGCGUUUCACAGGUCCUGCAAGAGACAGGGGCGAGCCAGAGCCCGCGAGCGCACGCACGCGCGGCCGGCUUCCCCCACAGCCCUCCCGUCCCAACGUCAUACUCUUCGGCGAGCGUGGCGCGGGAAAAAGCUCGCUCAUCAACAUGCUCGUCGGCCGGGAUGUCUCAAAUCCAUCCGACCCAGGCCUCGCAACAUUUGCGAGCAGGGGGUACGCUGUCGACGUGGGCGGGCGGGAAGUGGUGGUGUGGGAAACAGUGGGGCUGCAGAAGGGGGAGCAUCACGACGCGCUUUCCGAGGGUGCUGCGAAGAACCUGCAGGGAUUGAUUCAAAACGUUCAUGGCGGCCUCAAUCUCCUUCUGUACUGCGUCAACGCCGCGCGCGCGAGUGAGGCUCUAGAAGUCAAUUAUGACGCGUUUUUUAACAUUAUCGGAGGCAAGAAGGUGCCCGUGGUGCUCGUUGUGACGGGUCUGGAGAACAUGGAUCCGAUGGAGGGGUGGUGGAAGGAGCACGAAGCUGAAUUUAAGAAGCAUUGGCUGACGUUCGACGGACAUGCCUGCAUCACCACUAUAAGAGGGAAACCACUCAAGGACGGUCCUGGCCACUGGCACGACGAGCAAUAUGAGCAGUCCAGACUAGCUGUCAAGGAGCUGAUCAAGGCAAAACUUGGUACGCCCAUCUUCGUUCGGGAGGAAGGGAAAUUAGCGGAGUUGAGGGAGCUCUUGCGAGAGCAAAAUGGGACCGCGGCGGGCCAAAACGCAGAUAAAGGAAAGAAUGGAUGGAUUCUAGGAGAAACGGAGGGUACUCGAGAAGUGAAUAAUGGCUACGGAAGCACGCGUGACGAGCAGCCGGACGAUGAUAGGGGAGACAGGGUGGAACGAGAGGGAAGGACUGCGUCGUUAGCAUUACUGGGUGGGUUGUUUGCCGUAUUUGUUUUCUUUUUCAUACGCUAAUAACACUCACUCAUUUCAUCCGUAUUUCUUCUGGCGUUAAACAUUUGCUCCUCGACGAAGCUGAAAAUUGUAGUGGCAUAUUCCAAUCCAUCUGAGAAAAAAGGAUUAUGCAACAUUAUAAGUUGGUAAAGUACUAUACACACUUUGCAUCCAUGAGCUACACCUC